AUUUAUAAUCUCCAUACAAUGUUUUCAAGACAUAAAUUAAUUAUGCACAGCAGAUAGAACUAUACAUCUAAUGAUGGAUGGAUGGAGAAUUUGGAAUCUACUUCUACAACACGGAGAUCCUGCUUGAGGAGCUCUAAGAGUGACUGGGUUGUCUAUAGCUACUUGCAUUGAAUAUUCUCAGGGAUUAAUUUAUUCACAAAAUAGGAUCUGGUACAAGGUCACUGGUCAAAAGAACAGCUCUGAUUCUCAUCUGUCAUUUCUUUCCACAGUUACUGAUCCUGACAUCUUGACAUGGACAAAUGAGUAUUCUCUUUCCCCAAGUGACUGCUGGGACAUUCUCCAGCAACACAGAAAAGAAACAAGAAUAAACAUUAUGUGCAUAGGACAUUUAUUCAAUACUGUAUCUGCAACUAAGGUAUCUUUUCUUUCUCCAUGCAACAAGAUAGUACAGGAUCCCCUGGAAUAUCAAACAUAUCAAAAAAGAUCCUCCACAGAUUAAAGAGAAGAAAAAUUGAACUCCCUCUCCUUGACUUAACAUUCUGCAAUGUACAUCAUUCCUCUCUCCAAUCUUAGAAUGGGAGAACUCUAGGAUGGACCAUCUGUCCUUCUCCUACUUGCACUCAUACUUGCACUGUAAAGGGAGAGAACACAGCAGAUAGUAGUAAAAGUUAUCACUUCUUCCAUACAAUGGAUUCACUCCCCCAGAUGGUCUGCAUACUCUUACAUGCCAUAUCUUAAUAUUUAUUCUUGACCUAUGACAACAAAGUAACAUUGACAUCUUAUUUCUUUUGUCAGGAAGUCUCAGCUUCUCCAGCCAUCUGCAAUGGGAGGGUGCAUGGAAUACUGGCCUGGGGGAAAGCAGGUGUAACCAAGGGAAGCAAAGGCUUCUUCACUGAAAUUCAUCCCUAUGCAAGAUGGAUCUUAAAGAUGAUGCAAUCACACUGAGAAGUCAUACCACUCAGUGUAAAAUAAUGCAGUCUCUACAAUGGAUCAACAAAUCAUCAUCUGUCUUACUGAAAAGAAUUCAAAGAAAAAUAUCCAAUAAAAUGUCACCAGAAAUGUAUGACUUUACCUUGAUCAUAAUGUAAACUUUGAGAACAAUGAGACAUUUAGUAACAAACUUAUUUAUUCACACAAAAAAUUGAUCAGACACCAGACACUUAGGACAUUCUGAUUGUGCUAAGAGAAACAUAUGUGACUGUAAAGUGUCCUUUGUCAUAAUUCAGUCUAUUCUAUAAUCUUGUAAUGAUUACUCUAAUGCAGAUGCCCAAUAGUCUUUAGUGGAACAUAAUUCUAACUAUUCUGCACAGUAGGAGAACUACCAAGUAGACAAACUAGGGGAAGAUAAACUAAAUAAUUGGUUAAAAACAAAAUAAGUAUAUAACUGUUAUGCAUUCUCUAAAAUAUGUGUAUAUAAUGACACUUGAGGGAGAAAACAGGUUUUAGGGAAGGAGAAAUAAUAAAUAGAUUUUAUGUGCCCCACAGUCAGUUACUGGCCACAUCUAAACUGCAAGCUGCUCUUUGUCCAUCUCUUCCAAUCUCAUCCUAUCUCCACCAAAUUCUCUCUCUCUCUCUCUCUCUCUCUCUCUCUCUCUCUCUCUCUCUCUCUCUCUCUCUCUCUCUCUCUCUCUGCUUCCCUGACUGGUUCUCUGUGAGGAGCCUUCCUGGACUGAAAUAGCAUGAGGUAGGAUUCAGCAUUGGAUGUCGCUUUUAAGACUGAUGUUCUCCAGAUGUAGUUUGGCGUUCUAGUUCUCUAACUAUAUUGAAUGCUUGCUGAUAACUUCUAAAACGUUCUAAAAACUUUCUUGCUUAUCCUAUAGCUUAUAAAACACUGGCUUCAGCAGUCUUAGCUAAACUAGACCCCUGAGAUCUCUCAGACACUGAGCCACCAAACAGGCAGCAUACACUAGCUGGUCUGAGGCCAGCAGAGGACUGCCUGGUCUGGCCUCAGUGGAAGAAGAUGUGCCUAACCCUGGAGAAGCUUGAGGCCCCAAAGAGUCGUGAGGCCUGGGGGUCAGGGGAAGGAGGCAAUCUCUUGAAAUAGGAGAAAGAAGGAAUGGGAUGAGGAACUAUGGGAGGGAAGAUCGGGAGAGGGGCAAUGGCAGGACUGUAAAAAAUUAAAAGUAAUUAAAACAAAACACUGGCUUCUUUACUCUUUUAUAACCCACUGUGCUUUAUUUAAUGCUUUAUGCUUAAAUAAGCACUAGGAAAACUUAACUCUUUCUUACUCUUCUGUGCUUCCUUAAGUGCUAAAAACUUAACUCUCUAUUACUUGUGCUUUAAUAAACGCUAAUAUCUGUCGAUUAACACAUGCUGUUUAGCAUCAGGGAAUUAAAUAAUGGAUUUAUUGCUAGAGCUCCUUUCUCUGGCGUGUCCCAGAAGCCUUUCUGCCUAAGCUGAUUAACUUUUUCUGAACCAGAGAUGGAGGAAAAGAGAAGAAUUAAGGUGUUUUAUACACUCAAAUAUGCACAGACAUAUGUACAUUCAAACAUUCAUACACCCACACUCUGGCCAGACCUGACUGGCUGUCGCAAUCAACUCAACGAGUAUUCAUGAGUGCUUACAUAUAUACACAUAUACCUACACACAAGCAUAUAAACAAACAGACGUACAUUUGGAUGGAUGAAUGGAAGGAUGGAUGGAGGUAUAGAUGGAUGGAUGGAUGGAUGGAUGCAUGCAUGCAUGCAUGUAUACAUGCAUGCAUGGAUGCAUGCAUGGAUGGAUGGAUGGAGGUAUAGAUGGAUGGAUGGAUGGAUGGAUGCAUGGAUGGAUGGAUGGAUGGAUGGAUGCAUGGAAUGAUGGAUGGAUGGAUGCAUGCAUGCAUGGAUGCAUGGAUGCAUGCAUGGAUGCAUGGAUGGAUGAUAGACAGAUGGGCAAAGCUCCCCAAGCCAAACCAUUCAACCAACAACUUUUUUUUUCUUUUCUCUGAUCUUUUAUAACUUCUUAGACAAAAAGCUCUUUAGAAAAUUACCUCAGAGAUAAAGUAUUACAUAGAAUGAAAGUUACAGCCUGUCACUUACCUCAACUGCUUUCACUGGACCCCAGAGGAGGAGGCAGCCAUAGGUCUCCACCUAUUACCCCCAGAAAUUACUGGGUAAGCUUCCACACUGGCUGCCCAGUCUAUCACCUGGCUUCUCCCAUCCGCCCAGUGAGCUGUAUUCAUCCUACCUGCAUCUGAACUACCUGGAGCACCACAGCAGCGGGAGCCCCCUCCUCAGCCAGCUGGGUCAGCCCAGCAUCUUCAAUACCCAGAAAUAUGGCUUCUACUUGUCCUCACUGGGGACACUGCAUACUCACAUGCCCUCAUCCAGGACUCCUAGUGGCCACUCCUCAGGCUCAGGCAGUCCCGCCAACAGCUCCUCCUUGGAAGGUACAGGGAAGGAUCGCUCAGGCCAUGGUGGAGACCCUCCUAUGUUGUUUGCCAAGAAAGACCCUCGGGCACGUGAGGAGUCCGGGCCCUGUGGUGGACUUGAACCAGGAGGCCUGAGCUGAGAGCCUCCAGGACCGAGGAUCCUCACACUUGGCUGAUCGCCUUUCUCCCUCCCUUUUUGGCAGAGGCCAAAGCCAAGGGUGAACUGCAGCCAUCAGCCUUGAGCCUGUGCAAUGGUGUGGUGGAGGCGGGGCUGGUGGCCGAGUUGGGCCAUGGGGUUGCCAAGGAGACAUCCAGGCAGGAGGAGAAUGCUCCACUGCUGUUGCCGGCUGAGGCCCUGCUGCCAUAUGCAAGUGGGCACUACCGCCACCACCACUGCCCCCCAAGGGUCCCCCUGCACUCCCUUCCUCAACAUCAGCCGGUGUCUACAACCAUGUUCCCUGAACCAGGCUAUGAGCACCGCAUGGUGGCGCCCACUUUGUGUCUUCUCUGGAGGUCUUUGAUGAGAGUGUGGGACCCAUCCAGAUUGCAUCCCAUGCUCGCGAGAUGUCCAGGCCAGGGAGAGUGAGCCAGGCUGCCCUGGGGUCCUGCAAGGUCCAACUUUAUCUCCAUGACUAAAGCGACUAGAGGUCCUGCGGGAGAAAAGUUUGGUCGUCUGCUCCCUCAAGCGUCUGCCUCUUCCAUCAGAUGAACCUCCAGCAGGCCGCAACUUCCAGUCUUCCCUGAUGCCCAGGCCUACCUGCGCCCCUCCCCCCCACCCCCAACGAACUACUCAAGCCUGAGGCUGAUCGGAGUCUUUGAGAGGCCGAGGCCCAAGCCCUUCUGCUGGCCAGCAGGCUGCUAAGCUCCUUGGUCUGGAACCAUCCCGACCACCUUGGGCCAGAACACAAGUGAAUACCUUUUGAACUGGACAACAUCACCACCACGCAGAUGGCUGUCCUGGCAGUCCAGCACCACCAUGCCAGCAGAGCCAAAGAGGAAGCAGCUGUUGCCACAACAUCCAAAAAGGCCUACCUGGACCCCGGGGCGCAAUGCCUUGUGCCUCAGCCACAUGCGGCAGGCCCGGUGCUGACCUCAGUCUGAAGAAGAAAAUGUAUUAGUGAUAUUACCCAAUGCUGUACCUUGCACGUUACAGUACUAACCUGCCAGAGACACUGAGCUCUCAAAAAAGCUUUCAACAUCAUAAUGAAGUUAAUCUUCCUCUGCAUUCUUUCAUCCCUGCUUGGUACCUUUGCCUAUAAUCCAGAUCACAUAGCUGGCACCACUCCUCCCUACUUGGUCUACCUGAAGUCUGAUUACUUGCCUUGCACUGGAGUCCUGAUUCAUCCUUUAUGGGUGAUCACAUCUGCACACUGCAAUUUACCGAACCUUCGGGUGAUUCUUGGGAUAAGCAACCCAUCAGAUCACCUGGAAAGGGACGUGGAGGUGUCUGACUAUGAGAAAAUGUUCCAUCAUCCACACUUCUCAGUCUCUUCUAUUACAUAUGAUCUCAUGCUAAUCAAACUGAGAAGAAGGAUUAAACACAGUAACUAUGCAAAAGCAGUCAAACUGCCUCAACACAUCGUGCCUGCAAAUGCCAUGUGCUCUGUGUCUACCUGGGCCUACAAUCUAUGUGACACCACCAAGGACCCUGACUCACUGCAGACCGUGAACGUAUCUGUAAUCUCCAGGUCUGAGUGCCGUAAUGCCUAUAAAGCCUUUGACAUCACAGAUAACAUGAUCUGUGUGGGCAUCGUGCCAGGGCGGAGGCUGCCCUGUAAGGAAGUCACGUCUGCCCCAGCAGUCUGCAAUGGGGUACUUUAUGGAAUCUUGUCUUAUGCCGAUGGCUGUAUUUUGAGAGCUGAUGUUGGCAUCUAUGCUAGCAUCUUUCACUACAUGCCCUGGAUUGAAGAUACCAUGAAAAAUAACUGAGUUCCCCCAACAGGAAGAAUUCUGAAACGUGACAAAGCAUGCACCAACGUCCAACCUCACAAUUAAAAUAAAAGGGCCCUUUGGACCGUGAGAGGCACACCGGC